AUGAUUAAAUCGGCAAAGACGUAAGACCGUGGAGAGUCACAUCGUCAGCUGUAUGGUGCUAGUCACUGCAAAAGUCACGAGAUCGGAACGCCAAGCAAACUUGAAGCGAUAGCUUGUAGUAGCGACGGGUACGCGCCAGUGUCGGCAUCGUCGUUGUGCCGCUCGUCUCUCUUUUAAAAUAUAUAAUCCGCCUUUUCUUCCACAACUUUUGGAACCCGAAGAUCAGCGGUGCCUGGAGAAGAACCGGUUCUUAUUGACUGCUAAAGUUGGUUAGUGGUACACAAGUCCCAGUGUGCGGAAUCGAACUAGCGAAUUACGAAAUUUUCCUGACCAUGAGCUCCACGACGUUCGUCGGGAAACCGGAUGUUAUGGUUGGAGGUCCACCUCCACCGCCUCCUCCACCUCCUGUGCCUAAUCAACUGCCAGCUAUGCGUAUAAAUACUGUCGAGAACACAGCAGCGAGGAAGCCGCAGAUUGUCAGUAACGAUGCUUACGAGCCACCGGCAGCUAUUCAGAAUGCGAUGUUAACGAAGGACAAGAAACCUUUUACCUACACUCCGGGUAUGGGCGGUAAAUUAGAUCUCUCGCAAAUUCGUAGUCCACGAAUGGCGAGAAGAGUAGCGAAAAACGCCAACGACGAAGGUAUAGAGGGACCGCCGAAAGUCGCCGUCGAGUCGAAGCCACCCGGAACUACUACCGCGACGAAUCUCAUGGUGCAACCCCAAGUUGCAAUACCCGUUCUUCCCGUCAAUGUGCCAGCUGCACCUCAUCUUAAUAGAGCGCCAUCAUCGGUCAACAGGACAUUAUCCAAUACUCUAGAUAAGCAAGUUGAAACACCAAAGAUUACUCCAAAAGUGGACACAAAAGCAGUACCAAUUACUAUAUCCUCAAGUCAGUCGAGCACUCCUGAAAGUCCGAAUACUCCAACGCAAGUCACCUUGGCUAAGGCACCUACACCUUGGUUGCAAAAUAAAAAUAAACCUCAAGAGAACUUGCCCGAGUGGGCGAAACGUCCGACUGUUAAUAAAGCGGCCAAUGAUCCGUCGGAAAAUGCCCAUUCUCCAACCACAAUAUAUGUUCAAGUUCAAUCCCCGGUCCCUCAAUCCUCGCAAACGAAACUGAAGCAAGAGCAAGAAUGGUAUCCGACUCCGCAGGAUCAGUGUCAACAGCCGUUGAAAGUGCAGCAGUUGCCUCAGCAACGUCAAGAACCGCAACAGAAGCAAAAUAUGACAACGUCACAUCAAACUAAUCCACCUCGAUACGAGCGAGUUGUACCAAUCCGAAUCGAAGACAGACCGUCGGUAUUCGACGCGAAUCGAGAAUCUGGUCAUCAUCAGUUCAAACAACCUCCGACUGUGCAUCAUCAGCAGCGAUGGGGUCAGAUACCUGUGCAACAACAUACGUUGAAGAAUCAAGUGCAAAAUCGUUCGCAGGAUCAAGAACAGUCCAGUAUUCACGUUGCAACUGUGUCCAAACCAGUACAAUCUCAACCAAGUGGGACUUACAUUAUUCCUAUGGUGGUUGAAGGCGAUAGAAAGACAACGCCGUCCAAUACCGGAAACAAUACAAUUGAAAAGGGAAUACGAGUUGUGCAACAGCAAGGUUCCGCUCCGAACACACCCUUGAUUCAACAAAACGAACCCGGUCCAGUUCAAUCGCGAUCAUUUCGUGUCCUUCAGAAGAUUACUGACACGGACGGCUCCAACGAUGUGGGUACAGAGCAAAUGCGUAAAUUGGACUUAAGUGAAGACGACAGGCUACUCAUGAACAAGUUUAAAGAACAAGUCGACCAUGAGACUUAUUUACAUCAAGAAGAAGAUCCUAGAUAUCGCGGUGCGGCGAUACCUUCACGAGCUUUUCGUUUCUUACAAAAUAUGACAGAAUCAAACGAUUCUUCGGUUACCUGCACAGCGCCACGUAGUUCACAAAACAUAGCGAAUAAGAGACAAAAUAGGAAUUCGAAAUCAUUCGAAGAAACACAGACCAACUUGCCGCCUAGUGAACAACAGGUGCAAGAACCAAAAAAAUAUAUGGGUAGUGCAAUUCCUUCCCGAUCCUUUAAAAUACUACAAGCAAUGACAACGCCAGAAAGUAUUGCCACACAAGAAAAUCGUCAAGCAGAUUACAACUGCCAAACAGAGAAUAACUUGCCGGGCAAUCAGCAGGACGUAUUUCUCCUUUCACGACCCGUUCCUUUCUGGUAUCCCGAGAGUUGGUGGUACUGUUACUCCGUACAGCAGUACAGCGAUCCGUCUGCCAAAUCCGCUAACAAUACGAACAAACAUUCCCUUCUUCCUCGCCCGUAUACGGGAUACUCAGACGGAGGUGCGUGCGUUGGGUAUGAAUCUUUUUCGCCGUUGCUCUGUGGCAACGCGAGAUAUUCUCAAGCGGACUACGACGGUAUCCAACAAUCGCGUGUCGACGGAAACGAUUGCGAUAACAUUUACUACCCCGUCACCGAUUCAUCUUUCGCUCAGAACGACAGACAUUUUGUGCGAAACGAUGUAGCCGACGAGUUCAAAAACACUUAUCCUCUCGAGCAAAUCGAUCAUUUGGAUGAUCAGUCUGGUGGGACAUCGAGAAGUGCCGACGAGAAUUGCAAUAACGAUAAAAUAACUCGCCUUGUCACGUCAACGAGUACAGUUGAUGAAGAAGGUGUCGUCGUACCAGAUAGCGCCAACAACGACGCGAUUUCGAAUAACGGAAAAAUGUCCGAGAGAACUUUCGAUCUGUGUAUUAACGUGCCCAACUACACGUACAUGGAAAGUAGCGAUUCCAAUGAUACUAGCGAUUCUAGCGAUUCUAGCCAAUCGAGCGGCAAUAAACUCGCGGAUUCUUGUCAAAAAGUUCGUAACUGUAGCGACACCAUUUUCAGCAAUACGUCAUCUGAUGGCGAUUCGGACUCGUACGUGGCCUAUUCCACGGGAUUGAAUCUUUACGAGAAAUCGGACAUAGACGCGUCGCGCGCAACGUCGUCCGACGUUCAAAACGCCGUUGCUUACUCGGAAGAAUCGAGUACAGACAAUUGUAAAAGCGAUUUCGACUCUUGUUCUGACAAUUUUGAAUUGAAUCGACGCGAUCAGGAAUGCGAGCCAACAAUCGCCAGCACCGUUCGUCGCCAUCAGAUGAACGUAAUCGACGAAGACACCGAACGAUCGGAUUCCAAGGGUUCUCAUUACGAGAACGAAAGAAAUAUCGACGAGCGGAAGGACGCUUUGUUCGAAACGACCGACGAUCCUUCCGACGACGUCGAAACGAUGGUCAGUGUGAGCUUGCCUCUGAGAUUCAACUUUUCCGUGUCGGAGAACAAUGAGGACAUCACCACCGUGACAAUCGGAGACAGCAAGAUAAAAGCGGAAAAGUCACGCAACUCCAAGAGGAGAUACUCGGACAAAAGUAGCGACGACAAUGUGGAUAACACACGUGUCGAUGUGACUAACGACACCAGCGUGAAUUUUACAGUAAAGAGAUACGUCGCGGACGCGACAAACACGGCGAGCGGAAGGGAGACCGCGAUACCGUGUGUAAAUUUUACUUUGAGGAGAGAUUCGAAAACGAAAAUCAACGAAGGUAACAAGGAACGACAGAAGAAUAUAAAAACAAAAUUCGCGAGCAACGAAACGGUGGAAAAUGAGAUGAAAGAUUUCGCUGAAUCGGCGUCGAAGGAAGUCGAGAAUCGCGCUGUUCUCGAACCGGAAAUUGUCGUUAGAGAAGAUAUUUUACCGCGCGACGAUAAUAAUCAUCGCGUUCAACACACCGGUAGCAAUUUCGAAAACAGAACGAUCAGAGAAUCGAAAGCAAAUACGUGCGGCGAAUGGAUACAAGACAAUUUCGAAGCGCCUGUUCAGGUUCGGGUGAUCGACGCAAAUGAAACGCGCGGGAUAAACGCGCGGGAUAAAAACGACGAUUCGGCUAUAAACAGUAACGACAGGUGCGUCGAUCUGGAAAUCGAUCAGACGCACACGAAACACUUGUUGAGCGUUCGAGAUUCUCACGAGGAUACCGACGACGAGGAUAGCGGAGUUACUUCGGACAUAAGUCGCAUGAUAUCCGAGGUCGAUACGGAUUCGGAAUGCACCUCCUCGAAAACCUCGAAAAAAUAUCAACGAACGCAAACUCAUUCGCGACUAUUUCGUCUUCUUAACGAUGAUACCGUUCUAUCUGAUUGUUCCAAGACAGACGGUUCUUCUUUCAGACAGGAAUAUCCGAACUCACCGUUAGACGUCUACAAUUGCGACGACGAUUGUUAUUGUUUCAAUUAUUCCAGCGAUCCGAUAUCUUCCGAAUAUUCGUCUUCCGUUCGCGACGAACGGUCUUCGCGGAGAUCGUAUAACGCGACCGUGAGAAGAAGUUCGUGCACAGGCUCGCCGAAUAUCGUCAAGCUCAAUCAUCCGUCGAGUCAGCUGAAACACGCACCUUCGAAAGACGAUCCGCAUUUACGAGCCUGGAAGAGCUCCAAGUUGCCCGAUUUGGACAAUGUCCUGCCUUCUUUGGCUUACAAGAUUCUUGAUAGUAAAAUGCCUUCUUGGGCCUACAAGGUGAACGUGCUGUGUCCGAGAAUCAAAAGUACGAAAGACGUGCCGCAAACUCUGUCAGCACGAUCAACAGGCAAUAUUGACAAUCGGCCGUCAUCGGUGAUUCUUACUGUCCCGACAUCCUGUGCGCAUUCUAAGACCAAGUAAUGCCGACGGCCCAAAGGAUAGAAUGAUGGCCGUGUUUGACGCUACCGCUACCAGCAACGCACUCAUCCACGAUCCACGGACAUAUUUCUUUCUCGAUUUUCUUUGCAAGAUAGAGCUGAGCACAUGCUCAGGCCGAGCUGCUCUACGGCCACGUGACUUUUUUCUAUCGGUCCCGAUGCAACUGAUUAUUGAAAGAAAACAAGCGGAAUUAUUCUUAGGCAAGAUCGAAUUGUUAGUGUGCUUUUUUUUCUAUUUUGUUUACAUAACAAUCUGCGUAGUGUGUGUGUGUGUUCAUACACAUUUAUUCGAUCUUCAACGAGAAAGUUAACCAAAGGUUUAUGUUGUUGAAGAGAGAAAAUGACUGUAAAUUGAUGAACUAUUUAGAUAUGAAUUUGUGUGUGAUAAAGAUUUUACACAAAUGUCAUUUUUAAUAGCGAAAAUUGUUUUCAACAGUUUUUUUCACUUUAUUAAAAGUUCAAGAAGGUCAUAUGGUCUCUAGAGAGUCAAAAAACAUCGAUUUUUUGCGCGGGAAUACCCUUUACACCUUAUUAUGAAAAACAUAUUUACAUAGCUUUUUAUAUGAUUCAUAAUUUAUAACUUAAUUUGUGAGCUGAAAACAAAUAUAUUUGUAGAACAGAAAUAUGUGUAAAAUGUUUAAAUUUCUAUUAAUAAUA